UUUUCUUUCAUUUCACCAAUUUUGACCGUAACUCCCAUUAUUCUCCCCCUCUAUAAAUCCCUUCCCACGCCCCUUCUCUCUCCUCAUCCCUUCAGCUUUCUCUCUCUAAACUCACUCGUUAUAUUUUUCUGUCUCGAUUAUUAUUAUUAUUAUUUUUUUUAAAAUGUCGGAGUCCAUUCAACCAAAUAAACGUUCAAGAGAACAAGAAGAAUUCGAGGAAAAUAAACGUCAUAAAUCAUACAAUGAUAUACUCUCCAUCCUCGAGGAGGAUGAAGAGUAUGGAUUAGAGUCUGAUCCCAUUUCAGAAACAGGGUCGGAUAUAUUCACCACGCUUCAGCAGGAACUCGAGCUCCUGCCGAGCGGUGGUGAUGACAUAUUGGGGUCCGACCUCGUAGAAAAUAAUUUUACGGGGUCAACCCCGGGUGGUACCCAACAACAAGAAGAUGAUAGAAGUAGUGUGAUUAGACACCUUCUAGAAGCUUCUGAUGAUGAACUAGGUAUACCAAGUGGGGAUGGAAUAAACGGUUCAGAUUUUCCGUUAGUUGAAGAAAAUGAAAAUGAAAAUGAGACUAACGGUGGAGAUUUUCCUUUUGCUAUAUCCGACGGUUUAUGGGAGCUUGAAGAUGAAGCUGCUAAUUAUUAUUCAUUAUUACAAUCUGAACUUUUUAUGUAGGUUUUUCUUUUAAUUUUUAUUUUUGUUGGGUAGGAUUAGUUUGGGGAAAAGGGGAAAUGUUUGGGGGUGUAAAGUGAAAAAGAACAAAGAUGAGGGUGAAAAAAGAAAAAGUUGGAAGAGGUAUUUUUUUUAGGUUCUCUAAUUUUGCCCCACUCAUCUUUUAUAUAUUUCCAAAAGUACCCCUUUGGUUAGAAUAUUAGUAGCAGGAUGUAGAGGGUAAAAAAAGUUAUUCGUUAUAUGGAAGGUCUCUUUCCAA